AUGUUUUUAGGCGAAGUUGGUUCACCAAAUUUUUUUGAUUUAGGUAAUACUGAUACUAACUCUGGUAUAUAUCCAUCUCACAAUAGUAGUACUGGUUCUCCGUCACAAUCAAUACCAUAUUCACCAAAUUUAUUAAUUGAUCCUCUUGGAGCAAAUUUCACUAAAACUGAAAGGAUCGAUUUUUCAUUAAUGGCACAACCGUCUGAAAAACUUCAAAUUAUAGCACAACCAAAAGCAUUUUAUCGUGAACGAUAUUGUAGUGAAACAGAUCCACGUAAAAAUCGAGCUCAACGUUUUAUUCGUGCUGACGAUGAAACUAGUAAACAUGAAUAUCCAACUGUUCAAAUUCCAUUAAAAUGGCGUGAUUCAAAUCGAGAUUUAUACAUUCGAGUUACACUUGUUACUAUUUUUUCGGAAAAAGCACCCGUCAUAUGUAUACAUCCAUAUACAAUUGAUACAACAGAAAAUGAUGUUUUUCGAGAUUCACAUAAUAAUUCACUUUAUUUUCCAAUAACUAAAGAUGAUGUGCUUUGUGGUCACAAAAAUUUUCGUAUAAGUCGAAAAAAAAUGGUUCAACAUGAUUUAAAAUCAUAUGGACCUUUACAUUUAUUCGAUUUAAAUCAAACUGAUAUUCAACGUGUUAUGAACUCUCAUGAUGCUAAACAAAUUAUUGAAACAUAUCAAUUAUGGAAAUCUCAACUUGUAUUUACAAUUGCUGAACGUUUAUAUAAUGAUCUUUUUCCAGUUCCAAUACCUUCGACAUCAGUAACAUCUCAAAUAAUGUGUGACGAAGCUAGUCGACGAGAAAAACCAUUUAUUAAUGAUACAAAUUAUAUAGCCAUGUUAAAUGAUGCUACAAUUAAAUGUACACCAAGGAAAGGUGAUUGGAAUGGUGGAGAUGAAAUAUUAAUGACAAUUCCUAAGCUUGAUAAACGAAGAAUAUUCAAUAUUUAUUUUGAUUAUGGUUCAAUGGGAAAACUAGGUGAUAUAAAAAUCACAUUUGUUGAUUCAAAAACAAUCUUUUUUCAAACCCCACCAUGUCAAAUGUCAAUAGCCGAACGAAAUUUUACAGUACCAAUAAUUGUCACACAAAAUGAUCUAAUAAUUGCUCGUGUUGAUUUUAUUUAUUUAAUGCCAAUGACAACAACCAUAAAUUUAUGUUCACGUUGCCAGUGUGAUGUGAUGAAUAUAAAUCAUAUGAAUAAUAAACGAAGAUAUUUUAUACUUGAUCCUACGGAAGAUGAUGGAGGUGAAUUAAUUGCUCAACAAAUGAGUCGAUUAACAACUGAAGAAAAAUAUGUUGAAUCAAAUCGUCGACUUAUAAAUGAUGACAAAAUUUCUAAAUUUGAUAAAUAUCUUGGUCAAUUACAAGAUGCAAUCGUUGAAUUUGUUCGUACAAAUAAUCCUUCACGAUUAUUUCGUCGAACACGUCUUCUACUUGCUAAAUGUGAUCAAAAUCCUCCACCAUUAGAUGAUGCUAUUCGACAUGGUCAUAUUGAUUUAGCAUUAAAACUUAUCGAGCAAGUAGUCGACAUGUCUACAUCGCCUGGUUUACUUGAAAGAAAGAAUAAUGAUGGUGAAACAUCAUUAUUACUUGCUGCUAAACUUAAUGAAUGGAUUUUACUCGAAGCAAUGCUUAAAAAACGUUUAGAUCUUACUGAAAAUACUGAUAAGAAUGAUAAUAAUAUUUUACAUCUACUUGCAAAUAUAUCGGAAAAUAAAGCUAAUGAAACAAUCAAAAACGUUCUUUUAUUAUUACCUGAUAACAUAAAAACAAAUCUUUUAAAAAAGGAAAACAAUGAUAAACUAACACCAAUAGAUAUUGCUCAAUCUAAAAACAAUACGUAUUGUGCUGAUCUUUUUAAAAAAAUUUAA